AUGACCAUCUGUGCUGGGCCUGGCGAGAGUAAAAGAAAACCCAAGAAAACCCAACUCAUUCAACAGAAAACUGUUCAAAGAUCAGGUCCUCCUUAUUCUCCAUCAAACUUUCAUAAUUUUCAUAGCUUCAGGCCUAUUGCCCAACAGCCAGAGGCACGCAAACAUGGAUACAUACCACAGAAACACUACACGAAAACACAUAAUUACAAGAUCCAAAAAUAUCAACCUAACUACUCUCGUGCACGUAAAAAUAUCUGUAAGAAGCCAUCUCUGUCACCAACCUUUUAUAGGAAAAAUUGUCUUAAGCGCCGUAACUUUAAAAAGCCAUUUACAAGAAUCCCUUCACAAUUCCUUCCAAAAGCAACCACCACCUCUUUUCUACCCAACGAAGUUUCUAGCACCCCUCCGUACGAACCCACCAGCAUUCCAGUAACUACUGAAUCGAUUAUAGAAGUUUCUGUGGCCACCACUGAACCCCAAAUAUCACCAGCCGCCCAACAAGAGGAAGGGACUCCGGCCACCACCCAGGCUAACGCUGCCACGACAGUGGCCACUGGGACCCAAACACCUUCGUCAGCCACCACAGAAGCGGAAGUGACUCAAGCCACCCCGGAAGCUAACGCUGCCACGACAGCGGCCGCUAGGACCCAAACGCCUUCGCCAGCCGCCACAGAAGGGGAAGGGACUCUGACCACCCCGGAAGCUAACGCUGCCACAACAGUAGCCACUGGGACCCAAACGCCUUCGCCAGCUGCCACAGAAGGGGAAGGGACUCUGACCACCCCGGAAGCUAACGCUGCCACAACAGUGGCAACUGGGACCCAAACGCCUUCGCCAGCUGCCCCAGAAGCGGAAGUAACUCCAACCACCCCGGAAGCUAACGCUGCCACAACAGUGGCAACUGGGACCCAAAUGCCUUCGCCAGCUGCCCCAGAAGCGGAAGUGACUCUGACCACCCCAGAAGCUAACGCUGCCACGACAGUAGCCGCUGGGACCCAACCGCCUACGCCAGCCGCCUCAGAAGCGGAAGUGACUCAAGCCACCCCGGAAGCUAACGCUGCCACGACAGUGGCUGCCGGGACCCAAACGCCUUCACCAGCCGCCCCAGAAGCAGAAGUGACUCCAGCCACCCCAGAAGCUAACGCUGCUACAACAGUGGCCGCUGGGACCCAAACGCCUUCACCAGCCGCCUCAGAAGCGGAAGUGACUCCAGCCAGCCCAGAAGCUAACGCUGCCAUGACAGUGGCUGCUGGGACCCAAACGCCUUCGCCAGCCGCCACACAAACAGAAGGGACUCCGGCCACCCCGGAAGCUAACGCCGCUGGGACCCAAACGCCUUCGCCAGCUGCUCCAGAAGCAGAAGUGACUCCAGCCACCCCAGAAGCUAACGCUGCUACAACAGUGGCCGCUGGGACCCAAACGCCUUCACCAGCCGCCCCAGAAGCAGAAGUGACUCCAGCCACCCCAGAAGCUAACGCUGCUAUGACAGUGGCCACUGGGACCCAAACGCCUUCGCCAGCCUCCCCAGAAGCAGAAGUGACUCCAGCCACCCCAGAAGCUAACGCUGCUAUGACAGUGGCCACUGGGACCCAAACGCCUUCGCCAGCUGCCACAGAAGCAGAAGGGACUCCGGCCACCGCGGAAGCUAAUGCUGCCAUGACAGUGGCCACCGGGACCCAAAUGCCUUCGCCAGCCGCACAACAAACGGAAGUGACUCCAGCCACCCCGGAAGCUAACACUGCUACGACAGUGGCCGCUGGGACCCAAAUGCCUUUGUCAGCUGCCCCAGAAGCGGAAGUGACUCCAGCCACCCAAGAAGCUAACGCUGCCACGACAGUGGCCGCUGGGACCCAAACGCCUUCGCCAGCCGCCUCAGAAGAGGAAGGGAUACCAGCCGCCCCAGAAGCAGAAGUGACUCCGGCCACCCUGGAGGCUAAUGCUGCCACAACAGUGGCUGUGAGGCCCCAAAUACCUUGCCUGCCGCACACGCGGAGAUGACUCCAGCCACCCCAAGUUGCCACACAGUCGUCGCUACUUAAGCAGAAACCACCAAUAUAAUGACAUCUGAACCCAAAACAACUCCAACAAUGGCUAAUGUCCCUGGAACCACCCCAAUAAUCAAAUCUAAACUCAUAGUAAUCCAAGCAAAUCCUAAAUCUACCCCAAUGGCUACCACUGAACCUAAAAACAGUAUAGUAACCUCUGUUAAGCCUGAAAGCAUUCCGAUAACCUCCACUGAACCCAAAAUAACCACAAACAAUCACCAGUGAAGCCGAAAUCCCAGAAAACGCUGCACAAUCUGAAACUACUCCAGAAAAGACUAGUCAACAAGAAACCAUCCCAGAUACAGCUCUCAGAACUGAAAACCAACUAAAUUAUGCUGAACCCAAAACCACUCCCAAAAGCACUGCUGAACAAACUACCCAAGAGACCAACACUGAUCCCAACACCACCACAAAGAUCACCCUUGAACAUGAAACCAACCAAAUGACUAGCACCAAACAGGAAACCACCACCCAAAAUUCCUCUCGAACACAAAACCAACCCUAAGAAUACUUGAGAAACUGAAACUACCCAAACAAAAUAACCACUGAACCCUAAACCAUCCCCCAGAGACCACCCCAAAUACUGAAACUACUCUGUAAAGCACUGCUAAAUCUGAAACUAUCCCCAAAACACCACCAUUAAGCCUGAAACCACUCCCAGAAAGCACUACUAAAGCUGAAAUUACCCCAGAAUCCACCACUGAACCCAAAACAAUCCUCGAAAAACCUGCCAAAACCAAAACCACCCCCAGAAACCACUGAUCAACAUAAAUCCACUCAACACCACUGAACUGGAAACCACCCCACAACCAACUUUGAAACCACUACAGAAACUGCUGAUGAAUCCCAAACCACCCCUGGAAAGCAAUGAUGAACAUGAAGCCAUACCGUAAAACAGUUCUGAACAUGGAACCACCCCAGAAACCACCUGCAAACCCAAAACCACCCCCAGACAACACCUGAACCUGAAACUACUCCAACAACUAACACCAAAUUACAAACUGCCCCUAGAGACUACCACUGAACCCUAAACCACCUCAGAGAGCACCAGUGAAGCUAAAACUUCCCCAAAGAUCACUGCUGAAUCUGAAAACAUCCCCACUACAAUCACCAAACCCCACAUCGUCCAAGAAACCUCUGCUAAAUCCACAACCACCCAAGAAAUCCAUACUAGACACAAAACCACCCUAGAGACUACCGUUAAACUCAAAACCACCCUCAUUAAUGACUGUUGAACCUGAAAUCACCCCAGCAAUCACUGCUGUGCUUAAAAUCACCCCAAAGAAUACCAAUGUGCCUGAAGCUACCCCAAAAACUAUCAUUGAACACAAAACAGCUCUGUCAAAGUAGAGAUUUCCAGCACUGGACCUGAAAUAUCCACUCCCUGAACUACAAUGAAUGACCCAGACCACAACUGAACUAGUCAUAACCACUUCUCUAAUCCCAUAUCCUUCUACUACAACAAACACAGCUCAAGCGCUGAUUACUUCAGCUACCUCUACACUUCUUCAGCGACUCCAUGUAUUAAUAGACAAGCAUACCACAUUUCAAUUGUGGACCAUCAGCUGCCAAAACCCUUUUUGCCAACUUAAGCAUUACUGUUAAAACUAUUAGGUUAAAAAUAUAGGCAUAAAGUACUCUCAGCUUUUAGUAAAUAUGAUCUUAUAAGUAUAAAAGACAAAGUAUAAUUUCAAAGUCUUACUAUCAUGACCAAUCAUGAAAGUAUUCAUCUAUAACAAUUACUAAAAUAAAAAUCACUCACAUGGAACUGAGAAGGGUGGCAAAAAAAAAAAUCACUCACAAUUUAGAAUAAUGCCCCUAUUUACUUGCUGUAGUUACUGUAUCCCAAAACUAUAUCACCUAUAAUUAAAAAUAAAUAACUGCUUUCCUAAAAGCCAGAUUUCCCUAGAUGGAAAUCUAUUCAAUUAAAUUUUAAAAAUAAAACUUUACUUAUGAAUUAUAUCACUUAGGAAUGAGGAAACGUGUCAACCUUCGUAAUUCCUAGAAUGACACGUUCAGCCUGAAAAACAUUAAAAAUACCAAAUAUAUGAAUUCCCUCUUGAAUAUUUUUGGUUUUUUACUUCUCUAUAAAUUCAAUGAUAAAUAAUAAAAAUGUAUGGAUUGGUUAAUAACGUUGUAGUUAUAAAAAAUGGAAUAUCCCUAUAGAGAGAAUAGAAUGGAAAUCUGUCAAUAAAUGGCUUCAUGACAUCCUAAUUAUGGAAGAAACUAAUAAAAACAAGAAGCAUGUUGCUAAUGGGCCAUACUUCAUUAAUUACAAAUCAGAUUUUAAUCAUCUAUUUUUUAUCAAAACUAUUGAUAUUGGUUUUGUUGAAAAAUGCUACAAUGCAAAUUUUCAUGGAGUGUUUACAAGAAUGUUAUGAAACAAUUUUUCAAUUAUUAAC